AUGAAGAAAUUGAAGAACAAAAUCUGGCAAAUGAAAAGUCAACACGAAGUUGUACAGCAGAAAAUUGAACAUUUACGUUCCAGUAUUGAUGGGUUACGAACCAAAAAGAAAUCUCUGAUAAAUGUGGGAAAAAGUUUGAAAAAGAGAGCCUCACAUCUGGGAGAGACUUUGGUUGUUGAUAGAAAUUCGUCAUAUUCCGGAAAGUCAACCAGCAAAACUUCUUCUGGUACCCUUAGCAUAAAAAGAACCAAGAAGUCGCUGCGUUUGAAAAGUUCCUCAGAACGGGGUCACAGUGAAAGUUUGCAAAGUAAAAAGUCUCCAGUUACCAUGGCCAGCCGGGGCAAGGGUAAAAAAGAACCCAUACCAAUUGGGGAUUCUAAAAGAGCGUCUACUAAAACAAGGCAUUCCAAGAGAUCAAGGGGAAGUAAAAAGAGUUCUAGCUCAACAAUCACCCCAUCCAGUCGAUCCUCUAUGGCUAAAAGGAGGUUAUCAACAACUAAAAAUAAACCCAAACAAAAAUAUCGAAAAAGACAACCCAAAACUUCUUCCUCCACUUCAUCUCAAGCUUUAUUGAAGCCAAGGAAAACAUUAUCCAAAAAAUCACCACCUCUCGAUAAGCCAAUCCCAAAGAAUCCUACUGCCAAUUUGGAAGAUAUGCGCCGCCAAUUCAAAAAAUUCAAAACCAAAGGCAGACAAAUCAACAUUCAACGACCUCUGGAUAAAGACACUUUCAAAUCCAUACACUUGUUAAGAAAAAAUUCCAAUUAUUUUCAAAUACCACGUCACAGUACCAGUAAACCUUCGUAUUCGACCGAUGCUGACGAGACAAUUCCCACACCAACCGCCCCGCCGAAAAGGAAACCCUCUGUAUAUGAUGACAAAUAUUUUCGGAAUUUGAUUAAAACACAAUCCCAAAUGAUACGUGAUCGUAUACAAAAGGAUCGCAAACAAAAACAACAUCUAAUGGAACAACAAAAGGCCUUAGAAGCGGAACGCCUUAAAAGAGAAAAGGAAGAAAAAGAACGCAGCCUAAAAAAUAAACGUUCAUCAUCGUAUGGUGAAAGGGAAUUGGAGCGUUUGGUUCGGUCCGCUAUGAAAAGUCAAUAUAAAAUGACGGAGGUGAUACCGGGUGAAACACCCAUUAUCAAUGAAGACAUAUUGAAAAUGUCGGACAAGGGUAAACGAAUUGAUAUUCGUGAUUUGGUGCCAACAAGUAAAAUAUUUGAAUGGCCACAGCCGAGGGAGGAGAGACCCCCACUCAAAUCUCAACCCUCCAUUAGAAAAUCAAAACAUCGGCGAACUUCCAUGAAGCGCACAAAAAAGCGAUUAAGAAACUCUCAAGAUUCUAAUGAAUCGAAGGAGGAAUUAAAUUCGGAAGUGAAAGUUAGCCAUUUCUGGGAAUAUCAAGAUCCUGCAAGAGAGGAAGAGGAAUUUAAAGAAGAUCAAGACGCUGUUGUUGAACAGGAAAUGCAGGAUUUGAAUUUGAUUAAAAAGAAAAGAAAACCCAAAAGAAGGGUAUCAUUUAGUAGACGAAAAAUUAUUGUCAAUCCCACGAUGGAGAAACAGAAAUCCCCAACUCUGUUAGUUUGUCAACCAUGUGGCAUGACUUAUCUGUCUACGGAAACACCAUGUUGUCAAUUAAAAUCAAAACGAUGUGUAGAUGAAUAA